UUGCCCCCUGCAAAAAAGACGGAAACCGGAAGAUGGCGACCACUAACCCACUAUGGAGCGAGGCAACUGACAAGGCAGUACAAACUCAGCUCAAGAACUGGACCCAAGAGAUCGAGCAGAAAGGGAAAGAGGCAAUUCAUGUUCGAUUACCGGCAAAAAUCUUGGAAAUUAAUCAAGUGAUAGAGGACUUCUCUGAUUCUACUCUAGGACACCUUGUUGCUACCGAGCCAACUCUAUCUUCACCUCCGGAUGAGCCUGACAACAAUACUGGACGUAAGAAGCGAAAAACUGCCAAUGGGAAAGAAGCCCAACCUCCACCAACCGAUCAACCCACCCCUGGGGGAGUCAAAAACCCUGCCCACGUGGCCAGUAAUCCAAAAGUGAACGCGCACUUCAUCUUCUUGAGGACACAUUGGGAAGAACUGAUCAACAUCACCAAUGCAAUCAAAAUUCACAUUAACUUAUUGAUCCCCAAGAUAGAAGACGGAGAUACGUUCGGUGUUCAAGUGCAAGAAGAGUGUCUUUCUGAGCUCUCACGUGCACAGGAUAGUGGAUAUAAUCUGCUUGAAGCACAGCUCAAGCAUAACAUGUCUCGAGCUAAACUGGCGUCUAAAUUGAUCAAGUACCCGAAUGUUGAAGAUUAUCAACUUGCCUUGCAAGAACACGAUCGAAAAUCGAUUUUCUUAUGUCGACAACACCUAUUAGAUCUCCGAAAUAUCUACGCACUUUUGACUGAUCUACUUCAUAAGAACAUCGUCAAAAUCACCAAACCGAAAGGUGCUAACUCGGAUGGGAUGUAUUGAAGGUCAUGAAGAAUCAGUCCCUUCUUCUCAGCUGUAUCUGCUUGCCUAGGCCACUUAUUGAUUAGGACGACGAGUAGUGGUCGAGCUAAAUGUACAGAUGUCGCUUUCUUCGCCUUCGUGAUUUUCAACCAGUUCUGCUAGAUUUCGAAACAUCACUUCUCCAACUCCCUUCGCUGUACAAUGAAGAAGACAGAUGCAUCUUAUGAAAGAUGUUUUGAAGCACCAUUUUGACGAUCCCAAUCAUAGUGAGCAGCCUCAUCGCAGAAUUGCUAUGUUCCUCAAACUACGCGCUCCACAUACGAGCAGUGUAGAACUUAGCAUAAUCCAAAAAAAAAACAUCCUUGGAAUUAUUUCCAUUUCUUUCAAACUUCAGUAGCAGUGGGAUAGAUGUGACCUGCACGCCAGAAUGCCUAAAUUAAAAAGUCACCCACGUAACAUUGGUUUCAUCUGUCUCUC